UAUGAUGGAGAAUCAGCCGCCCCUCACAUCACCGGAUGGAUGUGAUGUUGGGAAUUCUUCGGAGGGGCUCCAGAUUUCAUCUGCAGGACAUGAAGAAGAUGAUGAAGGUGUCACAGAACUUUCACCAGAAGAAAGACCUAAUUUUUGCUCGGAGUGCAGUCAAAGCUUUGCGCAGAAAGAGCAUCUGCAAAGACACAUGAGAGCUCACACGGAAAGGCUCAAGACACACCUGAAAAACCACACAUGGGAAAGGCUGCAUACAUGUAAAGAGUGUGGGAAAAGUUUCAUACAGAAAGGGGCACUCACCAAACACAUGAGAACCCACACAGGGGAGAAGCCGUAUUCCUGUUCAGACUGCGGCAAGCGCUUCAUCCAUAGAGAGAGUCUUACCGUACACAAUAGAAUUCACACCGGUGAGAAGCCUUUUUCAUGCCCAGAGUGCGAAAAAUGUUUCCCGCUAAAAAAGCGAUUAAAUAGCCACAUGAGAACUCACACUGGUGAGAAGCCAUUCUCCUGUCCGGAGUGUGGGAAAUCUUUCAGUCAUAAAAAUGAACUUUCAAUACACCUGAGCAGUCACACAGGUCAAUACCCUUUUCCAUGUUCAGAGUGUGGGAAAGGUUUCACUGAGAAAGGACAACUUCGCAUACACCAGAGAAUUCACACGGGCGAGCGGCCUUUUUCAUGUUCAGAGUGCGGGAAAAGUUUUGCGCAGAAGGGAAAACUUCAUAGACACCUGAGAAUUCACACGGGUGAGCGACCUUACAGCUGUUCAGAGUGCGGGAAAUCUUUUCUACAGAAUACGCAUCUUCUUGAACACCUAAGAACCCACACAGGGGAGCGGCCGUUUCCUUGUUCACAGUGCGGGAAGGGUUUCAUACGAAAAAGUGAUCUUGUUAAACACUGGAGCAGUCACACUAAGGAGCGUCCUUUUCCAUGUCCAGAGUGUGGGAAGUGUUUCAAAAGUAGAAGAAACCUUAAUGCACACCGGAAAAGACACACAGACGAGCAUUCCCUUUCCUGACCAGAGUGCUGGAAAUGUUUCAUUGACAAACGAGACGAUCGUUUUUAUACAGAAAGGAGACCUUGUACACCUGAGAAGCCAUGUAUGUGAGCAUACUUUUUCAUGCUCCCAUGUUAGAAGCCCCCCCGAGUGAACUUCCUCUACCAUGUUUCCACCUAAAAAGCCCCCUGAGUGUGCUCUCUACCAUAUUUCCAUCUAAGAAGCCACCUAAGUGAGCGCCCUCAUGUUUCCACCUGUGAUAGACUCACCCGGGGCGGAGGCUUUUGGAGGGGACGGAAUGCUCGCCUCUUGCCUACCGACUAUGGGCCCCGGAAUUUGAGGGAGCUACGAGCAUUUAGGAAGAUAUUCUGUUUAAAGAGUCCAUGUUCAGCAACCAAACGAGUAUUGUCUUGUUUUGUGGUUGUUAGCGGUUGGAAUUUCUGAUAUCUUUAUUCAGACUGGGAGCAGUAUAAGACGAAAGCACUCGCAUGUGCUCCCUCUACCAUGUUUCCACCUAGGAAGCCACCCGAGCAAAAUCCCUCUACCAUGUUUCCACCUAGGACUCCACCAGGGUGAACUCCCUCUACCAUGUUUCCAUCUAAGACGCCACCAAUGAGAACUCUGUCUACCAUGUUUCUACCUAAGAAGCCACCCAAGUGAAUUCUUCUACCAUGUUUCCACCUAGGAAGCCACCCGAGUGAACUACCUCUACCAUGUUUCCAUCUAAGAAGCCGCCCGAGUGAACUCCUUCUACCAUGUUUCCAUCUAAGAAGCCACCCGAGUGAACUCCCUCUACCAUGUUUCCAUCUAAGAAGCCACCCGAGUGAACUACCUCUACCAUGUUUCCAUCUAAGUAGCCGCCCGAGUGAACUCCUUCUACCAUGUUUCCAUCUAAGAAGCCGCCCGAACAAAAUCCCUCUACCAUGUUUCCACCUAGGACUCCACCAGGGUGAACUCCCUCUACCAUGUUUCCAUCUAAGAAGCCACCAAUGAGAACUCUGUCUACCAUGUUUCUACCUAAGAAGCCACCCAAGUGAAUUCUUCUACCAUGUUUCCACCUAGGAAGCCCACCCGAGUGAACUACCUCUACCAUGUUUCCAUCUAAGAAGCCGCCCGAGUGAACUCUUUCUACCAUGUUUCCAUCUAAGAAGCCGCCCGAACAAAAUCCCUCUACCAUGUUUCCACCUAGGACUCCACCAGGGUGAACUCCCUCUACCAUGUUUCCAUCUAAGAAGCCACCAAAGAGAACUCUGUCUACCAUGUUUCUACCUAAGAAGCCACCCAAGUGAAUUACUUCUACCAUGUUUCCACUUCCACUAAGAAGCCACCCAAGAGAUCUCUGUCUACCAUGUUUCUACCUAAGAAGCCACCCAAGUGAAUUCCAUCCACCAUGUUUCUACCUAAGAAGCCACCCAAGUGGACUCCCAUCCUGAAUGAAUUAAAAGUUUAGGGUAGUUUAGAAAAACAAUGUUUAAAGACUAAAUAGCCUCCUUAAUGCCCAGUAAUUACACUGCUUGUUUUAUCUGUAACAAUACAGGGCCUCUUUAUGGGGUGAGAACAAGAAUGCUAAAUACAAUUUAUGUAUAAAAAAUACUUGUAUAAUGGUUCUCAG